GGGUCUGACACAUGAAAGGGAAAAUGAAAGCUGGCUGCCACAGGAGACAAGCAGGCCUGAAUGAUGCAGCUGAAAUUGAGGUAUCUCUGAGUACUUGUCAGGAUCUUUCCGCAUCAGGCUGCGUUUGUCCCUUGACUGCAAAGUAACAGAGGUCUUCCCUGGUUAAUCUUUCAUCAUGUUAUUGUUGGUUUUUGCCUUACUCCCCCUGACUGUAUUUGGCACGGACCAUGCCCCCGACUCGAAGGACCAGGCGGACGAAAAUGUCCACACAGCCACCAAUGGCCUCCCCUUCCCAUGGAGCAAGGUCAGGCUCCCAAACUACAUCGUGCCGGUCCACUACCAUCUGCUCGUCCACCCCAACCUCACCACACUCCACUUCAUCGGCUCGGCCAAGAUCGAGAUCGACGUGAAGAACAACACCAACUGGGUGGUCCUGCACAGCAAAGGCCUCAACAUCACGUCAGCCACCGUGCUGGACGAGAGCGAGGCCCACCUAUCGGACCGCGUCCUGCCCGUGCUGGAGUAUCCCACCCAUGAGCAGAUCGCUAUCUUCUCGCCCAAAAUUCUCACCUCCGGGGAGAAGUACUUCCUGUACCUUGAGUUUGAUGCUCCGCUGGGCAGUGGGUUCUACGGCUUAUACAGGAGCACAUACAAAACUAAAAAAGGAGAGACAAGGGUCCUGGCCUCCACUCACUUUGAGCCCACCUCUGCACGCAUGGCCUUCCCAUGUUUUGAUGAGCCCAUCUUCAAAGCCAACUAUUCUAUUAGGAUAAGACGGCAGAACACUUAUAUUUCUCUUUCAAAUAUGCCCAUUGAACAGACAGUUGAAUUGCCCAAUGGUAUUCUGGAAGAUCGUUUUGAUACUAGUGUGCAAAUGAGCUCCUAUCUGGUUGCUUUUAUUGUAUGUGACUUCAAAAGUGUCACCCAAAGGACCUCGUCUGGAGUGGAGGUUUCCAUUUACGCUGUUCCAGACAAGUGGCACCAAACCCAUUACGCACUUGAGGCUGCAGUGAGGAUUUUAGAGUUCUAUGAGAAGUAUUUCAACAUAUAUUACCCCCUGCCCAAACUGGAUUUGAUUGCCAUACCGGACUUUCAGUCAGGGGCAAUGGAAAACUGGGGUCUGAACACUUACAGAGAGACAGCCCUGCUUUUUGACCCCGCCACCUCAUCUGCCUCUGACCAACUCUGGGUUACCAUGGUGAUUGGACAUGAGCUAGCCCAUCAGUGGUUUGGAAAUCUGGUUACCAUGGAGUGGUGGAAUGAUAUCUGGCUGAAUGAGGGAUUUGCCAGAUAUAUGGAAUUUGUCUCAGUUGAUGCAACAUACCCAGAGCUAAAUGUGGAGGACUACCUGCUGCAUACCUGCUUUGCAGCCAUUGGGCGAGACUCUCUCAACUCUUCUCGACCAAUUUCCUGCCCAGCAGAAAACCCCACCCAGAUCAAAGAAAUGUUUGACACAGUCUCUUAUGAUAAGGGUGCAUGCAUCCUUCACAUGCUCAGACAUUUCCUCUCUGAUGAAGUGUUUCAAAGUGGCAUUGUCCGAUACCUGAGGAAAUUCAGGUACAAGAAUACCAAAAAUCAGGAUCUGUGGGACAGCAUGGCCAAUACAUGCUCAGAAGAUGAGUUCACAUCUGGAGAAUACUGCUACACCAGCACUCAAGCAACAAAGAAUGCAUAUCGCUAUGCAGGAGAGCAUAUGGACCUAAGGACCAUAAUGAACACAUGGACUCUACAGAGAGGGAUCCCACUUGUGAAGGUUCACCGGCAGGGCUCCAAGCUGUACCUCAAACAGGAGCGUUUCAUUAAGACCAGUCAUCCUGGAGAUCCCCAAUGGGCUUCCCUGCAGAAAGACUUUCUUUGGCAUAUCCCUCUCACAUACAAAACAAGCCAUUCAGGACACAACAUGAGGCAUUUAUUAGACACAGAGUCAGGUGUCCUGGACAUCGACGAGAGUGUGGACUGGGUAAAGCUGAACACAGACAUGAAUGGCUACUACAUUGUCCACUAUGAGGGGGACGGCUGGGAGAGGCUGAGCACACUUCUAAGAAACAACUUCACCGCUCUGAGUCACAAGGACCGGGCCAACCUCAUUCACAACUCCUUUCAACUAGUCACUGCAGGACAGUUGUCUCUUGACACCGCCCUUGACUUGAUCACUUAUCUGAAGUCUGAGAACCACAAUGUCCCACUCAUACAAGGCCUUGGAUAUCUGGAAACCUUCUACAAAAUGAUAGAAAAGAGGAGUCUUCCAGAUGUCACUCAAAAUGUGAAAGACUUCAUCUUGCAGUUCUUCCAAGAAGUAAUUGACAGGCAGAUGUGGAAUGAUGUGGGGUCCAUCUCGGACAGGAGGCUUCGCUCUGAGGUGCUCACCCUGGCGUGUGAUCUGGGCUACCCACCCUGUCUUGAAAAGGCUAAACCGUUCUUCAGUGACUGGAUGAAAUCCAACAGCACACUGAGUAUACCUAGUGAUGUGGUUGAAACAGUCUUCUGUGUCGGGGCUCAAAACGAUGAAGGCUGGGAGUAUCUCUUACAGCAGUACACUACAUCCAUGUCAGAGGCUCAGAAGGACAAAAUCCUCUCAGCUUUGGCAACCACCAAAGAUCCAACGAAAUUGAUCAGAAUCCUGUACCUUGGCAUGGAGGGACAAGUCAUCAAAACGAUGGAUCUGCCCUCACUGAUUAUCAAUGUGGCUAGAAACCCCAACGGUCAUAUUUUAGCAUGGAACUUUGUAAAGAAAAACUGGAACAGCCUGGUGGAAAAGUUCCAGUUGGGGUCGUUCAGUAUUAGAAACAUUAUAAUUGGCACAACAUCUCAGUUUUCAUCAAAAGAGGAACUACAUGAUAUCAAGGAAUUUUUUGAAUCCAUAAAAGACCAAUCAUCCCAAGUACGAGUCACCAAGGUGGCACUGGAGAACGUGGAAAAGAAUAUCAUGUGGUUGGACCGGAAUUUGGAAACUCUGAGGGCCUGGCUGCUAAAAACAUUGAAGACAUUACAGAAAAAGGAGUAAAUCUCAUUUAAAAGCAACUUCAUUGAGAUCAGAUCUCUGUACAGGUAGGCCAACUGUCUGGCCAAAAUCUGCAGCGCACUGAACAUAUUUAGUAGCGCACACAAGCACACAUCAUUUUUAAAAGUAUUUUAUGAUUGCUAUUUGAAUUCAAUCUAAUGAUAGAUUAUGGCUUUCAUCCUGUAUCAUGUAACAAUUGUUUGCAGGGGCAUUGAUGUUUUCAAAAGAAUAAUGCUCUUGUGAUGCAUUAAGCUUUUAUGCCAACACACAUUUGACUUGAAAAUAAAAACAAAAAACUGAAAAAAAAAAAUUGAAAGACUUUAUGUGGUAGUCAUCUAGCAAUUUGUGUGCAUUCUCUUCUGGUUCUAGGGUAUGGCCUAGGCCUACCCCAGUCUGGUGCCAGUGAGAGCAUAGCACCCUCUAGUGGUUAGAUGUUGAUACAUCAAUACAGUAAUCCACACAAAAAUAACAUAUGGAUAGGCUACAUAGUAAUUAAAAUGAAUUCAUUUGGAGAAAAAACAAAUCGGAAUCUGUUCUCAUGACAUUAAAUAUUUUCAACUGUUCAAUGCUGAAAGUAACAUUGCACAGACAAUAUUUCUGUUCACUUGAA